AAAAAAUACAUUUGGAAUAAUGAUCACCCUUACUGCAAUUUUAUGGAAGCUCGCAAUUUAUUUCGGGCUCUUCAUUUUGGCUUAUGUUAUAUAUUUGGUUUACAAGCUGAUCUUGUCGCCUUACUUAGUGUAUCUGAAGUAUAAGAAAUACUCUAAUGUUUAUACUACCGAUAGAUUUUACCCUCUCAUUGGUGAUGUUAAAGACGCUCUCAAAGAUAUGAAAGACGGAAAAGCUCAUUACUGAAACAGAAUCAGAGAUGCUGACAAGCUUAAAGACUUUGAUAUGAGACUAAGAUAUGAAGGCAUUGAUCCUGUCAUGCUGAUUCUCUCGAAUGAAGCCACUGAAGAGAUUAUUAAGAUGAUGCCUCAUCAUGUUGACAGAGCUGAUACUAAGAAAGGCAUUUACAAAGCAGGCAAACACGCAUUUAUAUUCAAACCAAGCACUGAAAAGACAAUGCAGAGAAGAAAACUCAUGGUCAGUGAAGUCUCCUUCAACAGGUCUUCAAGAUUUGUUCCUUUCAUUGUUCAGAGUACUCUGGAUAUCAUUGAUAAUUGCAUGGAUGAGAGCAAGGUUCAUGAAUUCGUUGAAAUCUCUAAUGUUCUUACUUUUGAUGCGUUUACUAGUAUCUUAUUCGGAAGUGAUCAAAAAGAGUUAGCUAACAAAAAGUAUCCUUUCGUUAUGCCUGAUGGCUCAACUAAAGGAAUGUGUUUAAGAGACUGUGUCAUCAACAGCUUCAAGGACCACUACUCCCAACUCUUCCACCCACUCACAGCAAUGGCGAGGUUCCUUAGUGAUUACAACUUAUGCAAUCCAUUCAAGAGAGACCAAAAGAAUUUAGAUACUUAUCUAAAUGCCUUAAAGAAAAUGUUUGAGAAUGCAAAAGAUCCUAACUCUAUCUCAAAGAGGAUUCUUGCUAACUCUGAUUUAUCACACUUUGAGAAGCUUCAUGACAUUAAUGCAUUCAUGGCUGCUGGUGCAGAGACCUCUUCUCAUGGUGUUGCUUCAACUAUCUUCUUGUUAAAGAAAUUUCCUGAGAAACUCGAGAAGCUAAGAGAAGAACUAAAAAAUCAUGGAGUCACAAAAGAAUACAUCAGACAAGGAAAAUUCUCAAUGGAAGAUCUUGCUGAACUUGAUUAUUUGAGCUAUGUUGUGAAAGAAUCUUUCAGGUAUGAAAGCCCAGGACCGGAAGCAUUCGUGUACACCCCAAAAAGAGAUAUUACUAUUAGAGGAGUCCCAAUUCCAAAGGGAAUGAUGAUAAGGAAUGAGAUCUAUAGUACCCACUAUAAUCCUAACUACUGGUACAAGCCAUUUGAGUUCGCUCCUGAAAGAUUUGAUGUAGAGUCUUCCUUCUAUGCUGAAGCAAGGAAGGCAGGCAAGACUGGGCCUACUCAUUCUAGGAGAACCUUUGGAGUAGGAGUUAGGUCUUGUCCAGGCAUGUCAUUCGCUACUCUUGAGAUUAAAAUCGCUGUAGCAGUUUUUUCUGUGAUGAUUGACUGGACUUUUGAAGGAGAUCUAUUGACCAGAGAAGGAGCAAGAUUCGGAAUUGGAAGUGAAGUGCCUUGACUAAUGAGAAUUAAGAAAGACUAUUAACG